CUGUGACCCUGGUGCCGGCGGCGGUGCUGCAUCACACGACUGUGACCCAGCACCGAGAGCGGGUCAGUUCACUCGUCGUCGCGUCGCCGACCGGCACACAGCUCCGCGAGCUCCGCCGAGACCAGUGCCGGUGCCGUCCCCGAGGGAUGGUGGCCGCGCCCCAGUGACCAAAGGCCAAAAUGAAAAGGAGAACUUUUGAGAUCGCCAUGGUUGAAGUAAUUGCUGUGUUGAACGUCCUGAAGACGCUUAGUGAUGCUGCGGCGCCUGAGAUGAGCAACUGUAACAACGGCAAUGGACAGCUGGUGUUUGAACGUGUGCCCGGAUAUCACCUGGAAGGAUAUGACCGAGACUAUCUCACAAAGGAAGAACAGCCCCUCACCCUGCUGGAGCAGUGUCAGACGUCGUGCAUCGCCGGAAAGAGCGUCAAAGACAACCUGAUCCGACCAUGCGGCUCCAUCGACUACAGCCCAGGUGCACCAUACGGAGACGGCAAGUACGACCCGUCGGCAUGCUAUCUCACCGAGGAAAAGGCCAAGCCGGACGGCAUUGGUAACCUCCUGCAAAAGACUGGCAACAUCCAUCUCAACAAGAUCUGCAUGCCAGCGGAAGCGGUACAGCAACACUGUCCGGGAAGGAUGUACGUCUUCGAGCGGCUCAUCAACAAGAGCUUUAGGCCGAAGAACAAUAACUGCAUCGAGAGCCAAGUCGAAAAUCGGUUGGAGUGUGAGCGGAGGUGCCUCGAGUCCAGCGAGGUGUGUCGCUCGGCCUCUUACAACUCCAAGAACCGCACGUGCUACAUGUGCCCCAUCACCUGGCGCUCGGCUCCGAACCUGUUUGUCGAACAGCGCGACGAGGAGUACAUCGAGAACCUCUGUCUCGAGACUCUGUCCGUUUCAGAGAGCCGCCGGUGUCAGCAGCCUGAUCACCUCGUCUUCGUCGAGGAGGCCAGACGCUCCCUGUACACCUCCAACAAACCUUACAGGAAGCGGGAGGUCACCCGCAGCGAGUGCAAGAGCAUGUGCGCCGAGCACGCACAGAUCUUCUGCCGGGCCGCGGAGUUCAAGCUGACCAACAACGCCACUGGCACUGGCGACUGCUACCUGCUGGAGGACGACAGCCUCAGCGUGUCACCGGAGCUGCGAGGCAACGACGGACGCGACGACACCGACCUCAUGGAGCUCAUGUGCCUCGAUCACGUGAUCGGUCAGGAGCAGUCGGACCGCACCGGAGCCGGACGGAACGAGGGCGGUCCUCUGUCCCCCGGCGGUCAACAGCCGUCCUCCGGACAGGACAUGUUCACAAGGGAGGGUCUCUACCGCGAGUCGGACCGCGAGUACGUCACUGCUUUCCGGCGCUAUAGCCGUAACCGGCUGGAGGGACCCAAUCCAAUCUACAGCUACCAGCAGUACUCUGCCCGGCUCUGCAUGCUGGCGUGUCUCCAGACACCCGGAUGUCAGUCGAUGGUCUUCAGCAAGCGGUUCGGUCUGUGCGAGAUGUACAACACCAAGGACGGUGGCGGCAACGGCCGUGCCAGGCUCGUCUUCCACGAGGACUACGACUACUACGAUAACCUGCUCGGAGAUACCCCCUUCAACGGCCGUGGAGGUCGGUUUGGCGGCGGCGGCGGUGGCGGAUUUGGCUUCUUUGCCGACGGCCGCGGCCGCGGGGACGAUUUCCGUGGCGGCGGAGGCCGCGACCAAUUCCUCGGCGGCGGCGGCGGCGGUCGCGACCAGUUCCUGGGCGGCGGACGGGGCGGCCCCGGCCGCGACCGGUUCAUCGGAGGCGGCUCAUUUGAGAGCAACUACCGCGGCGGCGGCGGCGGCUUUUACGAGUCCAGAGGCGGCUGGGCAGCCGGCGGCGGCGGCGGCGGCGGCGUCUUCCGACCGGACGGCUCUCGGCGCUCGAACGUGAUCCGCGAGGGCGGCGGCUGGGACGACUCUUGGAGCGACGGCCGGCGCGGCGGCCGCCCAGGUGGUCCCGGCGGACGGGACCAGUUCAUCGGCGGGGACAACCGUGACGGGCCUUACGACGACCGACGGGGCAGCUUCGGAGGCAGCGGCCGCUUCGGCGGCGGCGGCGGCGGCUGGAGCGACGGCGGCAGAUGGGGCGGCAGCGGCGGCAGCUGGAGCAGCGGAGGCAGCAGCUGGAGCAGCGGCAGUGGCCGCUGGGGCGGCGGCGGCAGCUGGAGCAGCGGCGGCCGCCGCUGGGGAGACGACGGCCCGGGCGGCGGCAGCGGCGGCCGCGCGCGAAACUGCUACGAAGACCGUUUUACGCUGAAGGAGACAGGCCGCAGGAUGCGCUCCAGCUUUGUCGACAAGACUCUGCCGGUGUCGUCUCUGAGCGACUGUGAACGAGCGUGCACGGACAACCUGGGCUUCAUCUGCAAGGCCUUCUCCUACCGGUACAGCACCUCCAGUCUGGCGUCCGGCAGCGCGUCUAACGACAACUGUGAGCUCUCCGCCGGCGACAUGAGCCGCUCCAGCUCCGCUGACAUCUACGAGCUCGACCGCGACUACGACUACUACGAACGUGUCCGCGUGGAGGACUGCGAGGAGCUGCCGGCCGGUCCCGACCGCCCCCGGCCGGGCUUCGGCGGCGGCAGCGGCGGAGGCGCUGGGUUCGGAGGCCCCGAUGGAGGGUUCGGAGGAGGCGGCGGAUUCGGAAGCGGUGGUGGAUUUGGAUCGGGAGGCGGCUUCGGAAGUGACGGUGGCUUUGUCGGCGGAGGCGGAGGCUUCUCCGAGCAGGGCUUCGUUAGCACCGAGGGAGGAGACGUGACGGCCACCUGUAACGAGCGCGGUAUGCGGCUGCAGCUGCUCUCCCGCCGGCCGUUCUACGGACGGAUGUACACGUACCGCCACUACGACUCGUGCAGCGUGCUGGGCCGCGGCAGCCGCGACCUCUCGCUCUUCAUCCCGGCGCACGGCUGUGGCACACAAAUGUUCCGGGACGGCGAUACCAUGCAGAACAUCGUGGUCGUGCAGUUCAGCGAUAUCGUGCAGACCAACUUCGACAAGCGCUACAACCUGACCUGCUACUUCCAAGGACCCGGCGAGGCCGUGGUCACUUCUGGCUACGUGUCAGCUAGCCCCGGCCAGGUGACGCCCAUUAUCGACCUGCCGGCUCGUGAGGUGGUCGACUCGCGGGUUCGUCUCUCGAUUCUGUACCAGGGCCGGCCGACCACCACCAUUGCUGUCGGUGAUCCGCUCACCUUCCGCCUGGAGACGCAGUCCGGAGCGAACCUACGCACCGACAUCUACGCCACCAACGUGAUCGCGCGCGACCCCUACUCGGGCCGCGCCGUGGAGCUCAUCGACAGCUACGGAUGCCCGACCGACCCGCUGCUCUUCCCGUCUCUGGGCCUGGCGCGAGACGGAAACGGACUGGAAGCCCGCUUCAGCGCCUUCAAGAUCCCUGAGUCCAACUACCUGAUGUUCUACGCCACCGUGCGCACGUGCCGCCGGCCCGGCUGUCAGCCGGCCACCUGCGCGGUGAACGGUCGCGAGGAGCCGUCGUUCGGCCGCCGCCGGCGCCGCUCGGUGCCAGAGGAGGCCGCUGAGCCCACCCCGGAGCCCGUGCUGCCCGACCCCAACCAGCUACCCGUGGAGCCGCAGGACGAGGACCUCGGCGACCCGGAGGAUGAGGGAGAGAACGUCAAGCAGCUGCUCAGCGUGUACUACAGUCGUGACGAGGUCGAGGCCGAGGAGGCCAAGGCCAUCGAGAGCGUGUGCAUCUCGUCGGCCGAGUACCACGGCCUGCUGGCCACCCUGGUGGUGCUGAUGGUGGUGAUGGUGCUGGCCGCCCUGCUGGCCGGACUCUGGUGCCGCCGCAGCCGGCUCAUCGCCUACAAGAACCACGAGGCCGACAUGGCGUCACCACUGCCGCGCGGCUUCUCCGCCGCAGGGGUGGCCAAGAAUACCUUCUCGUUCCUGCAUGGAAAAUCGUCGUCGGCGAUGGGUCGCAGCUUCCCGGCCCAGGGCAGCGCCAACCCAGCCUAUGAGGUAGACUGUCCGCCGGCGCCGCGUGCUCGUCGCUUCGACGACCCCAGCGAGCCCAUCUACACGGAUCCGUCGCUGUUCGAGCACGCGCACACCGCGCCGACCGCCGAGCCGUCCUCGAGCCGGCAGUAGUAGCGCCCGGCCGGCCGGACCGGGCCGGGCGCGCGGCGGCACGGGCCGUAACCGUUCUCCGGUGACCGAGUGAAACCGGAGACGGCCGCCGCCGCAGACUGCGCCGCAGUUUUGUACUUUUGCUAUUUAGAGAUGCCGUGUGCUUAUUUCACCGGGAGAGCUGCGUCAGUGCCGUCGGACGCGGCAGCUCCCUGUGAUCGUGAUUGGAUGGCGGACCUCGGCGUGAUGUGACGCCCCCGCCGUCCUCAUUGACGCCGUGAAUGAUGUGCUGAUGGAGGAGUGCGCUCGCGCGUCCUAACGGCGCUGGACGCGGUGUCCUGGCCUGUAUGUUCCCCCACUGGCCAGACCACCGGCUGGCAGGAUGCCGCGCUCACCGCCGUUACCUGCGCUACUGCUUUGUAAGUGACGUGUAUCGCCCUAGGUUAUUGAGGAAAUGACGCCUGCUUCAUCUAAAAAUAAACACCUCACUCCACAUCAA